GUUGAAGUUUCCGCCCAUGUGACUUCCAGCGUGAGUUACCAGAAACCACAAGAGAGAGAGAGAGAGAGCGUGCAAGCCCCAAAGCGAGCGACAUGUCCCUUUGGGGAGCAGUCCCUCUGCACCCCAGAGUGAGGAGGACGCAGGGGUCAGAGGUGGCUACAGGGCAGGCAGAGGAGGCACCUGUAGGGGGUGGUGGGCUGGUGGCCCAGGAGAAGUCAGGAAGGGAGCCCAGCUGGUGACAAGAGAGCCCAGAGGUGCCUGGGGCUGAGUGUGAGAGCCCGGAAGAUUUCAGCCAUGCCUCACAGCUCCGACAGCAGUGACUCCAGCUUCAGCCGCUCUCCUCCCCCUGGCAAACAGGACUCAUCUGAUGAUGUGAGAAGAGUUCAGAGGAGGGAAAAAAAUCGUAUUGCCGCCCAGAAGAGCCGACAGAGGCAGACACAGAAGGCCGACACCCUGCACCUGGAGAGCGAAGACCUGGAGAAACAGAACGCGGCUCUACGCAAGGAGAUCAAGCAGCUCACGGAGGAACUGAAGUACUUCACGUCGGUGCUGAACAGCCACGAGCCCCUGUGCUCGGUGCUGGCCGCCAGCACGCCCUCGCCCCCCGAGGUGGUGUACAGCGCCCAUGCCUUCCACCAACCUCAUGUCAGCUCCCCGCGCUUCCAGCCCUGAGCUUCCGAUGCGGGGAGAGCAGAGCCUCGGGAGGGGCACACAGACUGUGGCAGAGCUGCGCCCAUCCCGCAGAGGCCCCUGUCCACCUGGAGACCCGGAGACAGAGGCCUGGACAAGGAGUGAACACGGGAACUGUCACGACUGGAAGGGCGUGAGGCCUCCCAGCAGUGCCGCAGCGUUUCGGGGGGCGUGUGCUGGACCCCACCACUGUGGGUUGCAGGCCCAAUGCAGAAGAGUAUUAAGAAAGAUGCUCAAGUCCCAUGGCACAGAGCAAGGCGGGCAGGGAAGGGUUAUUUUUCUAAAUAAAUGCUUUAAAAGAAA